GCACAUAAGAUACUUUUGCAAACUGAAAAAGAAUGUAAGGAGUCAAAAAACCUGACAGUCUGCCUCCAUUUUAGCAAGUCAACUGAUUGGCAUUGCUAUAACUUCCUGUUAACAAAUGAAAUAGCUGUUAUUUUACCUGGUGAUAAAUUAAUAUCCAAAGUGACAUGUGAUAUUAUUCUUCGACUUCAUGGAGAUCCACUCCAACAGAUUCAUGAAGGACAUCCAACAUAUUUACCUUUUCACUAUGUUUUACUCUUUUCUUAUAGUGAACUAAAAUGGAGUACUGAACUGCAUCACACUAUAACUGAUGCAGAAUAG